AAAAAAAACUUUGAUAAAAAUCCUUGAAUAAUAAUAAUAACUUAAAUUUUUCUUACAUGGAAAUUAGCGACGCUUACUAUUUUCCUUAAGUUUCAAGCCGUGUCAAGUCACUGUUGUACCAAAUCUCAUGAUUUCGCACAAAAAAGCAGAUUUCUCGUGCGAUUCUCAUGCAGUUGAUGAUAUAGAACAAUAGAACUGUUAAAGAAUGCUAGAGGAUGAGACAACUUUUCUUUCUCUCUCUAUAAAAGUUUGAAAAGUGAAGAUGGAUCUGGUUAGUCAGAAUCUCUAACGCAAGUGAAAUAAAAUUUCCGCGUAAUGUUGUAGCGCUUUUAGAUUUGUUGAGAAAGUUUAACAUUAUUAUAUUAUUGUAAUUAAAAGAUCGAGCUAAAGAGUAUUCUGUAUUUCAAAUAAACAAUUUAAAAGUAUUUUGUAUUUCAAAUCGAAAGAUUUUAUAAAGUAUUUUAUAUUUUAAUUCAAAUACUAAGAUUGCCAGUACUUUAUAUUUCAAAUACUUUAAUGAUGUAUUUUGCCCAACCCCGCGAUGUGAUGUGAUACAAUAAAUCAAGUGCUGCGUGGCAAUAAUUACAUGCUAGAAAAUGAUAAUCGUGAAUUUGAAACUCAUUAGAGUAUUAAUAACGUUUUUCUUUAGCAUUUUUUAAAUAGUUUUAUUACACUGCACGAAAAUCGCACUUUGUUCACUUUGUUUGUGACUCAAACGUCCCAUUUAAACACUUAAUUACGAAACAAUAGAUUCUAGCAAUUGUAGAUUCAAUAGAUUAACUUUUUCCCAAAAGAAUACCUCUAAAAUUUAUGCGUUUAUCAUCCAUUUCACAUGAUUAAAUGUAGAAAUAAUGACAUAGGAAAUGCCUUUAAAUUUUUUCCUCCUUUUGAAAAGACAAUUUUUAACAGAUUUAGUGCUGUCUCUCUUCUUUUCUAUGUAAAUCUAAGUUUAUACAGUUCUGAAUACUGACAUGCGCACAGUUCUGCGUAUGUAAUAAUAAUAAUAAUAACAAUAGUAAUAUAUUAUUCUGCGUACCAAAUGCGCAUAUAGUUCUGCUUAUAAAAUAAUAGCAUAUUUAUGCUUUCAAUAUAAAUGUAUGUAAUAAACAGCGAAAAACGACGAUAAUCGCGAUACGCUGACCAGUAAAAUGAGUAAAUCGAUGUAUAAAAUUGACAUAAGUAUCACAGGUUGGUUUUUUCUUUUACAUAAUACUUCUGCGUAAAUUCUAACCAUAUUUACGUUUAUUAUCUCAGGGAAAAAACUGGUUCUUCGAAAGAAAAAAUUACUAACCGAGUAAAUUAUACUUUUCAAGGAGGAAAAUUUGUUUUUCUGCGUAAUAAGUAUAUCCACGCAUACGUUGAGCGAAUGCAUAAUGUAAAUACGAUGUCAAACAAGCGGGGAAAAGUGGAGGAAGGAGUUUUCGAAAUUUCACGCUCACCGUCACCGCGGAAUGAACGCCUAGUUUGUUAACGACGAAACAAAGUAAUGGACGAAGAUAUUUCUCUGGAAGUGCUUGUGUUCUAUGAAACAAUUGCUUUUACUAAUUAGCGAGAGCGUGCGAUCCCUUGAGUCAUUCAAGGAAAUUGGGAUGUCAAAGACAAACAUCUCUCUCAAAUUUAUUUCGCGGUGAGGAUGUAAGAGUGGUACAGGCCAAAUGAGCAGCUUGGUGUUCUUACGUAACAAUAUACCACCACAUCGUGCGCGCUGCAGCGAUCUAGUUGAACGGCAAUGGCGUCGUGCACGAUCAUGAAGGACCCGCUGGCCGUGGUGUGCAAGCAGGAAAUGUACGAGCACUGGCUGAAGAACGCCCCGAAGCUCAUGUUCGGCGAGUACCAGCUCGCCGUUGAGGUGAACGAAGUCGGCGAGUUCUUCGUCAAGAAGGCUCAGGAGGAAUUACGGGAAACGCCGGAGGUCGUCGCACAAGGUUUCAAGGAACUGAGAGAGUUUCUCGCAGGGGAACCUAAUCUGCACCUACCGGACAUAGAGGACUUCUAUAUAACAUUUUUGCGACCAUGCAAAUGGUAUGCGAAAAGUGCUUUCUCGCUUAUAAAACGAUAUUAUCGGUUCCGCCUAAAUUAUCCAAACAUAUAUAGCGAUUUGCGGAUCAAUAAAGAUAAGGUUGCAAUUUGCGCCGGUUUAAUAUAUCCGUUGCCGCUUCGUACUAAAGAGGGAUGCAGAGUGCUGGUGGUCGAGGCGGGAAAACGGUGGAAACCGAAGGAGGUGUCGCUCAACGACUUUUUCAAAGGUCUGAUAUUCGUCUUGUUUCUGGCAAUGGUGGAAUACAGAACUCAGAUCGCGGGCGCGCAUAUCAUUUUGGACGUUGAAGGUUUAUCUCUUAGCCAUUUGACGUAUAUCACACCGUCCUUCGCCAAAAUGCUGGUAGAUUUCAUACAGAAGUGUCUGCCCACUCGUCUCAAAGGUAUCCACGUUGUGAAUCAGUCCUUUAUCUUCAACAUGGCAUUCGCUAUUUUCAAACCUUUCCUGGAGGAGAAGAUUCGCAAUCGGAUUCACUUUCACGGAACAAAUUGGGAAUCCUUAACAGCUUUCAUUGAGAAGAGGGUAUUACUUAAGAGGCAUGGGGGCGAAUUGAAAAUGCCCGAAGGACAAUACGGCGUGAUGUUUUGGCAGAAUUUGCUUUCAUGCGAACCCGCCAUCGAAGCCGAUCAACAUUAUGGAUACAUAACUGAUAAUGAUAAUAUAUGAUCGUCGCAGAAAUUGGCCCAAUACGCUAUCAUCGUCAAUCAUUAUGGUUAUCAACCAUACGCAUGAAGCUGUAAUGAAAAAAAUGUGCUCAAAUUGUUGGCGUUCGGUACCCGGGAAAUGCGGAUAUAGCUCACGAUUGCCACGUCCGCGUCGGUCCGAAAUUCGCAAUCGUGCGAAAGGGAUGCGGAGUGUCUUAUCAAAUCAUACAUAGGAGGUGAUAUGUUAGAAGCAGGUUUUUGUACUUAAAGAUGCAAAUACAAUAUAUCGAUAGCACCAAUGAAAUGUAUUACGAAAACUGUAACUUAUGAGAAGAAUUAUUCACGUUUAAUCUUUUCUUCUUGAAAACUUCUUAUAUAUCCAAUUUCAAUAAUAAGUGGUAUUAAAUAAACGCAGAAUGUGGAUUA